ACUGUGGAAGAACUCAGGAGAAGUGGAAAAUAUUUGGGCAACGAAUAUCAAGAAUUGAAGAUCCAACUUCAGGCAUAUAGUGCAGCACUUAAUAGUGCAAGUGAUGAAAAUAUUGGACGGGGUGCUGUUAAUGUCAUUAAGGAUCAAGUUCGACAGUACAUCGACAAAGCAUCAGAUCCAUUAAUCCAAAUUGAAAAUGGAUUAAAAUAUCUCUGCGACCAAGUAGUAAUACCCACUAUAUUGUGGCCAUGGGUCCAACAAGAAUUGGCAGAGGCUAAAGAGAGAGCAAGCAAUGAAGCCAGUGCAAUGCCAUUGUUGCCCAUUGUCAAAAAACCACCAACUCCCGAAUCACCCCUUUUUUGCAAAGACACACUCUACCAUGCUAGCCUCUGCUGUGUUGCUAUAAGUGAUCGAGACCAUGUUAAUGUUCACACAUAUUUUCAAAACAAAAAUCCAAACCAUAGUUUUACGGAAAUUUCUUUCUCACAACAUAGUGAGAGAAUCACUCCGUAUUUGAUUGCAGUGCAAGAAGAUAUCUUAUAUGUUGCAUUUCAGAGCACACAGUCCAUUGAUGAAUGGGUUGACUGCACAUCAUUUGAUGAAGGGUUAAGACAGCAGUGCAAUGAAAUUCCUCUCAGAUUUUUUAUUGAUCAGCUGAAUUUGAAUAAAAAGAUAAUUUUUACAGGUUUUUCCUUCGGUGGUAUGUUAGCCUGCUGUGUUUGUGUUCGUUUGUGGAAAAGUACGACAAAGCAGGAAGUUCUUCUGCAACGUGCUACUUGCAUCACAUUUGGCCAACCACUACUAAAAAUAAAGAUGGUUGAAGAAGAAAUCAGAAUUUGCCCCCAGUUUGAAAAAUCGAUCCAUUCUGUGUACAGCAUGGAUGACAAUGUGCCAUUAAUGAUUAGUUGCAUGGAUGUUGUUGCUAGAUAUCCACCAAAAUUUGCUAUAAUUCCUCCAAGUGAAGAACAAAGACGCCUCGCAGAGUUCCGCAGUCAACCAGAUGACCUUUUUGGCAACCAAUUUGUCAAAGUGAAAAAAUACCUUAAAAAUCUCGCUGUUCUUCAGAAAUAUUUACCACAGGUGUCCUCAAGGGCUCACUCAGCAGCAGCUAAAAAGUCCCAGCAGGAUUCAAAAAGGAGAGCGCAUAAUGCAGUAGAGGAUUUGAAGAAAACGCUUCAAGAAAUAGCUUUUUACAUUGAGCAAAUUGAAGGCAUCCUUUAUGGAAAUUGUUACAUAAUAUCUACCAAUGACAAGGAAGAGGGUGUCAAGUGGCAACAGCAACCAAAGCAUUUGGCUGCAAUAGAAUUAAGCCAAAGAACAAAGCUUGUGACCGUGGAUGAAGAGCUCUUUAAAUUGCACGCCAUGGCGGGAUAUAUGGUGAUUUUAUACAGGAGUCAUCUUCAAUAUGAAUAUUCAGUUCCAAGUCCUACGAAAGUAAUAAAUGACAUGGCUGUUUUAAAACCCAGAAUUACUGGUUUAGAUAUCCAUCAGUAUCAUAAUGAGCAUGUACUUGUUCUAAAAGGAGAAAACCUGUGGUUUGCAUACAAAAUUUCUGUAGAUGAUAAUGGGGUAAUUGAAACUCCUGCUGAGAGUACUACGAAGUCAAUGAUAGAGUUUCGCAUUUCACACGAUCACAAAGCCUACUCAACUCUUUGCUCUGGAAAGCAGGUGAAGAUUGUUCUCUUUACUCACUUUGCCAAACCAAUUCGCCAGUCAAUUGAUACGAAGAAGGAAUCUCAUUUGUUCUCUGUUAGACAGAUUCAGCUUGCAAUGCACACACCAACCGAAGUAAUCCAAUUGGCCUACUUGUGCGCACUGCUAGAACAGCGCACACAGCCAUUUGAUUCAACAUCAAAGCGUUACAAAGCUGUUGCAUGCUUCCUUGAAGAAGUGGUAAAAGUUGUCCCACUUGAGAGUGUGUUUGAUGCAAUAGCUUAUGAGGAUCAUCAUAUUGCCCUUGAAUGUGCGACAGCCCUUAAACAAAGGAAUCCAAAUUUGCAGUUUUCACAGCAGAUGAUCGCUGGUGCUGGUAUUGCUGCAACUCGUGCCAGUUCAGGAUAUCGUGGGGAUGUAAUUGAUCAAUUCAUUCUACCACUUAUGUUGACACACAAUCUGCUCUCCUCUUACUUCUCUGAGUUUCAGCCUCAACAACUACCAGAUGACUCAAGUGAAUGGGAUGGACAGCACCACGAGAGUAAUCCAACUAACAAAGAUGGCCAAAAGCAAUCUACAAGGGUACCAUCUAAAAAGAAGGUAAAGAAGCCUUCUUAUUCAGCUGUAGCAAGUAAGGGUUCAUCCGAAUCUAAAAGUAUUGUGUCGAAGGAAGUGGCUUCACCGCAACUAGUUCAGCCACAACCAAUCAAAAUACUUCUUAGGCCUCCACCAUUUAUUCCAGUACCCAUUCCGGUUGUAGUCGAUGGAUUUCAACAACCAAUGCCUUUUCCUCCAGACCUAGUUAAGUACCUUAAUGGUUGUGUGACAGCCUUACUAAAGCAACGACCUUCUGUGCAUGCUAUUAGUGCUGUCGGCAGUACAAAUAUCGAAGAAGUUUACCCUGUCGCUGGAACAAGGCGUAAACAAUAUUUUAAGUCACCGUUACAAGUCUUGAGAGAGGCUAUGCAAGAUAUCGAGAAAUACACUGAAGAAACACAGAGAAAAAAUCCCUCACGGACAGAAACGUCUAACAGGAGAAUGCUGAAUCUAAUUGACAAAAUUUACAAUGAAGAUGUUGCUGUGUGUGCCUCCCUGUUAGGAGCAUUUAUGGAGCAGCAGAUUCGUAUUCCACUCAUUAAUGAUUCCCUAAAGGAAACAGCAGAAGUAUUAUCCGAUGCAGCUCCAGUCGCAGUAGGUGUAUGGGCACUUUUUAGCCAGAAUUUGCGAAGCUUGCAAGAGAUGCUCUUUGCUUCAAAUCACAGUGCUCUUGUUAUUGAAAUAAAGGAAUAUAUUGAAAGUGUUAGUGAGCAGACAUCCGAUUAUGAAAACAAAAUGUACGCAGGAAAGCUUCAGUUCUUAUUGCAAGGAAUUAAGGAAACUGUUACAGCCAGUAGCCAGUAUAUCAGCUACUCCUUGGAACAUCACCUCUUCAAAAAUAUCAAGUUCGACAAGAAUCUUUCACUCAAGCAGCUUAUUACACAAUGGGACAAACUGUUUGAAAAUGAUGCCCUUUCCCUCAUUGGUAGGUCACACAGGUCCUUAGUAGCUCGCUGGUUGAAGUGGACUCUACUUAUCCACAACCUACGUGAGGCACUUGCUGAAUAUACAUGCAUUGGCGUCACAGGAUUAGUCAAUUCUGGAAAAUCUUUGCUGGUUAAGGAACUUUUCAAAAUUGAGAAAGUUAAAGUUGGUACCAGAGCUGUCAAACGCACUACUGUACCCCUCUUAUACAACCUUGAGGGCAAGAUUGAGGGCCUAGAUGUGAUUGACUUCCCUGGAGUUGAUGACAGUGACAAUUCUGUUCCUGAUAUGGCACGCCUGUUGCUCUCCCUUGCCCAAAUUGUUGUAUUUGUUGUGGAUUAUAGAAAAGCCUGUUCAGAUCCUGUGAAGCAUUGGCUUCAGUUGCUCACCAAGACUGGUGUUCCUAUGUUAGUCUGCCUAACCUAUGCUGAUGUGCUUUAUGAGGAAUGCAGGGAUGACCAAAGUGAAUCAAGUAUUGACAGUGAACUAAUGCACAUCCAGAAGCACCUAAAGCUUGAUGACCCUCCAACAACUGAAGUUGCUUUCUAUUCGUUUAAACACCCAUCUGGUGUGACAUCUACUGAUCUUAGCAAGUAUGGAAUUUUGUCUCUCGCUGAUGUGGGCCACUGGCUGGUUGAAACCUUGCAAAGCAAGUUUAAGCAGGAGGAAUUAGCUAAAAAUCUUAGAAUGUUUCUAACAACAGACUCUAACUGACUUUACCUAGCGAGUGAAUGUUUCGGGUGCAUAUAUAGUAGCUAAGUAAUUAUACUAUUCUGUAAACUUUUUUGCUAAUAGUUUCUUAAGGGGGAAGGAGAUGUAUUGCAUGUUUCAAAAACAAGUG